AUGUCCUACUUCCACCUACCCGAGCCACCAACGCAGGCAACGCUCGCCGACGCCCGUAGGCAGCUUGUCCACCAGCGCAAGUCAGUUCAAGCGCUAUCCACCCAGAUCCAGGCCGCCGAGGACGAGCUCGCGCGCAUUGUCAAAGAGCGGCGGUCUGCUAUUCGCGAGCUCGAGACCGAGCGUGCUGCCCUCGAGGAGGAUGUCUCAGCUACCCUUGCCUAUGUUGCGCCGAUCAAGCGCCUUCCCCACGAGCUGCUUCGCCACAUCUUCUUGCUGAACUUUGAGGAGUAUCCCUGCUGCGCAUGGAUCCGCCUUGUGACCACACAAGCAGCCUCCCCAGACACGAUCCGCCUCUGGCUUGAGCGCUCAGGGACAACGGUGUCCCUCGACAUCGAGAUCUUCCUCCGCUCACAGCCCAUCACCGCAGCAGGAGUGGAGCCCACGUUCCGGCGGCGGCUGACAUCCCUCACGUCGCACUCGCUUACAGACUGGGGCCUCGGCGGGACAUGGGCGCAGCCGCCGCCCUUGGUACAUGCCUCGCUCGGUGCCGCAGGGACGUAUGUACAGGUGCCACAGACGCCAGGGAUCCACAUCUUCCCCCUUCAGGCGACCGCGGGCGCAGGCCUACUUGUGACGAACGCGCCGAACGUCUUGUCGGCGACAGCGACGCACGCCCAGGACGACCUGUGGGGCAUGCCACCGUUGGUGUCCACGGAGCGCGCGAGUGUGCAUCAGCGGUCAAAAAAGAACAUGCACUGGGGGCACAUCGCGUUCUUCUACCUCGUUGAGCAGAUGCACCGGUGGGAGCGCUUUGUGUUUCGUUUCGACAAGCAGUUCGCGUCGAUUGGGGCGCUGAAGUCGAUAGAAGGCGAUGCGCCUCUGCUGCGUGAGUUCGAAGUAUCGUCGGCAGACCCGGCGUUCUACGGCGACUGGAAAUGGCUGCCGUCUAUGCCAGCGAAUGCGUUAUGCAACAUAUCGAAAUUGCGCACGCUGACACUGCAACAUGUGCCGUUCAAGUGGUCGUCACCCAUGCUGCGCAAUCUACGCACACUUUCAAUCCGCACGCUACCCACAUUGCACCUUCCACUAGACCGGAUCAUGUUCAUGAUCGCGGCGAGCCCGCAAAUGGAGACGCUCACGUUGCACUUUGGCUCGCCGACGCCGCCGGUGCUCCCGCUCACGUUGACUACGCUCUCGGAGCUCAAGUCGCUCACGCUAAGUGGGCACUACCUGCUAUCGACGCUGGUCGAGGCGCUGUGCCUGCCCGCGCUGGACAGCCUUGUGCUGGACAUCGAAGCGCGUGAGCCGAUCGAGGAUGUCGUGUCGACGCUGUUAACGCGGUCGGGCAAUCCGCCAUUGAUGCGUCUCUCGCUGGCGUACGCGUCGACCAGCGCGUUUUACUACGGCGGGGGCACGGGCGUCACGUCAUGGCACUUCCUCCAAGAGCUCGACCAUCUGCGGACGCUGCAGAUCGGCAGUGCGCCGUUCGAGCCAUUGCUGAGCGUGCUCGCGGGGCAGGACGAGGACGGACAGGGGCAACCUGACCAUUGGGUGUGUCCAAACCUGACGGCGCUUGCGCUACGCGGGUGCCACUCGCACGGGGACGGCGUGCAGAAGCUCGUGCAGAUGGUUGAGGCGCGCAACCCGGAUGCCGGCAGCUUGAGCACGUUCGCGCAUGUGGGGCCUGCACGCCUGAAGCAUCUGGAGCUGUACGAUUGCGCGGCGCUGGGCCCCGACGUGCUCAAAUGGCUGAAGGAGCGGAUCGACGAUGUUGUGUGCACGGAGCCCACGUUUGAGGGGUGA